GGGGUGAGGUGCGCGCCUGCGCAGUCGGCUGGGCCUCAAGGUGAUGGUGGGGACGGGCGUUGCUGCACGUUGCCCUGCCGCGCGCGGGGCGGGUAGGGGGUGGUGACGGCAGCGACGCGUGCGACAGCGGCCGUCGGUCAGCCGCCGCCCGUUGCGUCCCCAUGGCUCGGGGCCCGUGAGGAGGAGCGGUGGCUUGGCCACAAGCAGAGUCAUCAAUAUGUUCAAGGCAUAUAUUUGAAAGGUGGGGAACUAGUGGAAGAGUUGCAGCUUUUUGAAGAUACAAACCUUAUCAUACUUUUCUUGUUGCAUAUCUGGAAAGUAAUAAAGGAAACCUCAGCCACACUUCAUCAAAAUGCAACGGAGUCUGUUACAUGCUGCAUCUCAGCUGGCGCAUGGGACAUGUUUGGUUUUUCCUCGCACCAGUAUCUUUCAGCGCUUAAAAGGACAAACAAUGUUGUCUAACAUUGGAUGCAAAGUGAUUUUGGCACUGGACCCUCCUAAACGAUGUCUUCAUGCAGGUGCAGCACGCUUUGCCUCAAAGAAAAGUGCUUUUUCAUCACAGCCAGCAGAUGCUCCUCACAAAGUAACAGAAGAGAGAAAUCCUUUGACUUUGGCCACUGACAUGCCCAAGCAGAGCCCUGUAGAGUCAGAUUCUUCAGAUCCUGAUCCAUUACAAGACAAAUCCAUUAGUCUUGUUCAGAGAUUCAAGAAAACUUUUAAACAGUAUGGAAAAGUCAUGAUUCCAGUGCAUCUUCUGACUUCCACUGUAUGGUUUGGAUCCUUUUACUAUGCAGCCAUGAAAGGAGUGAAUGUUGUUCCAUUCCUAGAGUUGAUUGGCUUACCAGACAGCAUAGUAAACAUCCUGAAAAAUUCCCAGAGUGGAAAUGCAUUAACUGCAUAUGCAUUGUAUAAAAUUGCAACUCCUGCCAGAUACACUGUGACUUUGGGAGGAACAUCCAUUACUGUUAAAUAUCUACGUAAGAAUGGCUACAUGUCCACACCACCACCAGUAAAGGAAUAUCUACAAGACAGGAUGGAGGAAACAAAGGAUAAAAUUACAGAGAAGAUGGAGGAAACAAAGGAUAAAAUUACAGAGAAGAUGGAGGAAACAAAGGAUAAAAUUACAGAGAAGAUACAAGAAACCAAAGAUAAAGUUUCAUUUAAAAAAAUAAAGGACUAGGAGAGAUACUUAAUUUUUUGAUAUAUCAAACUUAGCACUUUAACCCUUUGUGAGGCAGGAUAUACACAGUGCACUUCUGAGCUUUUUUCUUUUUUUCUUUUUUUUCCUUUUUUUCUUUUUCCCUUGUCUGGAGACUACGAUUGCUCUGUGGAUUUAAAAAUUCUAUAUAUUCACCAAGGUUAAAGUUCCCUGGGGGAGAGGUUGUGACAAAUUUUCAAUUUACAGAAGGAAAAGCAAAUCUCAGAUUAGGUGUUCAUGUGUCCAUUGGUAAUAGUGUUAACAGUUACUCUUCCCUCCUUUUUCUUUUUUCUUCCCCUCUCUCAGAAUGCAGAUGGCUUCUUCCAAAAGCCACUACUUUAUUCUUCUUCCAUCGUAGUGCACAGCCAUUAUUCCAUUAGACUGAAUCUUCCAUUAAAUGAGAAUGAAGAUUUCUCUACUGGAAAAGGCAACAUAUUUUGGUUUUCAGAGUAUGUGGACCCAGGCCUCUUCAAUUGUGAUCAUCUCUCAACUUGGAGACAGAUACUGCACAUGAAGGAAUCAAUGGAUUAACUGCUCAGCCUGAAUGAAUUAUAAUGGCUACAUUGACUUCAGCUGAGCUGGGAUAGUUUACAGGUUUAGACUAUGAAUCUUUCUUGGACAGUGUAUCUUUUCAGAGAUCUCAACUGAAAGCUAUAGGAAGAUGAGUUAAUCACAGUAGCCAUACUGUCAGGUACACUUCUUUCCUAAAGGUGACUUACAGUAGAAAGAAAGUUAUUAAAUGAAAUUAAUCAAUAAUUGUAUAUUAAAAUCAAGGAUUUUUUUUAUUAUGUUAAAGUUUACAAAAGUGUUCUAUUUCAUUUUCAGGACAAAAAAAUUCUGAAAGAGAAGUUUACUUAAGAAAUUGGUAUACUAAGGGGCUUUUUAAAUACAUGCAAAGUUAGAGUUAAACCCCAAAGUUCCUCCUCCUAUUUGGAAUCCCUCAGACUUCAGUAGAACAAUUUAAGUAAAAUAAGAGUAAUUUCUGAGACAGUGAUCACAGUCUACCAAACUAUUAUCCCCUAGAUUUUCUGAGGUCAAGCAAAUACUUAUUCAUAGCUGAAGGCUGAAAUGCUGUCUCAGAGAUGUCAUAAAGGACUGAGGUUGAAAGCAUUCUAUUUGACUGCGCAAGCAAACUUCUCUCAUGGUUUUAUUCAAAUGUAGGCUAAAUUGAAAUUUUUUUUCCCUAUUUCUAUUACAGAUCUUACUUUGUAGCAACUUUCUGCAGGUGAAUCUUGUUUAACAAUGGUGGGUUUUUGCGGGGGGAUAUGUGGAAGCAACAGAAUUGGACCCUGAGCAUUGUCAUUGACUAGAGUAAAAGAAUAUAGCUGAUACUUUAUCAGCUCUGCACCAUUCGUGUUUUUGGUCAAGGCACGGAAGGCCUCUCUGUGUUUAAGUGAGUUGAACUUCAUUAACUUAAUUGUGCGGGAUUGAUUACAUACUUCUCUGCCUCUGUCCGCAUGUCAAAUAGUAACUGCAGUCUAAUUGCCUACCUCACAGGGUUGUUGUGAGGAAUAAUUAUGGUAUAUUCAGUGCCCUGAAGAUGUAAAGUGCCAUGUUUCUGAUAAAUAUUAUUAAAAAAUAAUUCUGUGAGCUCUUAAUGCUGCUGAGAU